AUGGCGUGGCACUUCCGGUUGCUCGAUACGGCUCAACAGGGCCUGGCCGUACCGUUUUCUUCCUACUCGUUCGAUCCGGAAGAGCUCGGCGAACUAUGGAAACCCAUGAAGGUGCCUUCCAAUUGGAUGAUGCAGGGGUACGACAAACCCAUUUACACCAAUAUGAAGUAUCCCUGGCCCUGUCAACCACCCUUGGUACCGCACGAGAACCCGACGGGCGUCUAUCGUCUUUUCUUUGAUUUACCCGAUGCCAUUCAUGGUGGUAACGACGACGAGGACGACACCCAUUGGAAAAAUGUACUCCUCAACGACUAUUCGCUGCUCCUUCACGGCGUCGAAUCUUGCUGCCAAGUGGUAUUGAACGGAGCCAUUGUCGGCUUUUCCAAAGAUUCUCGAUUGCCUU